AAUGUCACCUCCACUAUGACCAUGGCAUUGACUAUUGGCUCCAGAACAGUUACUGAAGCUACUGCUACUGUUUUUACGGUUUCCCUGACUGGGAAGAUGUUGCUCACUCUUACCAAGUUCGGCCUCAAGGAGACAGGCAACCCUUCCAGGACAACACCUGGUCCAGGCCAGCUCCCUCGACUUGCACUUGAUUUCACUAACUUAGGGUCUCUGGGAGGCAACUGGAGGAGACUUCUCUUGAGGCUGCAACUGCUGGCUACUCCAUUGCCCUCACCGCUUCCUGAUGACUGCUGGUCUGUUAUGGUCAGGAGAUGGCGCAUUGCAACUCCUGGAGUACCAGAUCCUGUACUGGGAACCUUCUGCCUCGAGCAAAAGUUAAAACUUCCAUGA